AUCAUUGCCGACCAGCAGCAGCAGCGGUACCGCCUCCUGUAGGCGCAAUUUGCCCACAACACAGAGGAUCGUUUUUAUUCUGCGGUUUACUGCGUUUAAGCCCGCUUUAUAUCUUCUAUGCUACGUGUAUGAGCGCGUCCUGAACUGCUUCCCCAGCAUGGUCCCGACGUGGAUCUGAAGCGGCUGGGAGAACAUUAGAAGCGGACCAAGUGAAAUGCAUCCUCGGAGCGCUGAACCUGUUCCACCCCGCCGCACACAAAGCCUGUGAAGCAGGCCGUGUUUUUUCCCUCACGCAGACACCGCGCCGAUGAUGCUCAAACAUGUCGGGGAAUCAUUACAAAGGCAACGAAGUCAGCUGCUGCAUCAAAUACUUCAUUUUUGGGUUCAACAUCCUGUUUUGGCUCCUGGGCAUGGCCUUAGUUGGAAUUGGACUGUGGGCAUGGAGUGAGAAGGGAGUCCUGUCCAACAUCUCGUCCAUCACAGACCUGGGGGGCCUGGACCCAGUCUGGCUCUUCAUGGUGGUCGGGGGGGUCAUGUUCAUUCUGGGCUUUGCAGGAUGCAUUGGUGCACUGCGAGAGAACACGUUUCUACUAAAGUUUUUCUCCGUGUUUCUGGGAAUCAUCUUUUUCUUGGAGCUGACAACGGGAAUCCUGGCAUUUGUCUUUAAGGACUGGAUUAAAGACCAGCUCAACCUGUUCAUCAACAAUAACAUCCGGGCGUACCGCGACGACAUCGAUCUACAGAACCUCAUCGACUUCACUCAGGAAUAUUGGGAGUGCUGUGGUGCGUUUGGGGCAGACGACUGGAACCUGAACAUCUAUUUUAACUGUACUGAUGGGAAUCCCAGUCGGGAAAAGUGUGGAGUUCCCUUCUCCUGCUGCACCAAGGACCCAGCGGAGGAUGUAAUAAACACUCAGUGUGGAUAUGACAUUCGAGCUAAACCAGACUCGGAGCAGAAGGACUACAUCAACGUGAAGGGCUGCGUGCCGCAGUUUGAGAAGUGGCUGCAGGACAACCUCACCUUGGUGGCCGGGAUCUUUAUUGGAGUUGCACUACUGCAGAUUUUUGGGAUUUGUUUGGCCCAAAACUUAGUGAGUGACAUCGAAGCUGUGCAGGCGAGCUGGGUGCCCCCUCCUCUCUCCAUGCGUCGCCUCCCACCACACUCCAGCAAGAAAGCAUCGGCUUACUACUCAUGAGACACAGAAACACAUGCGCUGUGUGUGUUUGUAGCCGUUUCUUCACCUGAUGCUGAAGCAGCAUUUCAAUCCUAACAGCUCCGGGUCUUUGAAUGCGCCUCCUUGAACACAUCGUCAGCGGAGCGUUCAGAGGACCACGUCGAUCACCGGCACCAUUUUGUCCACUGAACCAGCACCUUCUUUUCAAGGCACUAAUAUGUGAAAUGCCCUGUAUAUAACACUGUGUGACUUGUUGUUGCAGAGGAUGGUUAAACAUGCACUACAUGCACGUUGUCACAAUGCUCCGGUUUUUAUAGCUACGUGUAGAGAGUAGGAGUUUUGAUACAUCUUUUUGAUAUUAGAUCGGUAUUUUUCACUGUGGAAAUAACGCUCCAUUGCUAAAACCCAUCAUAUAGGACUGUGAAAUAGUUGUGUACAAGAACUAAGGAUUUGCUUCUUUUAAAGUGGAGUGCUUGCUUUAUGUACCUUUCCACCAUGUGUAUCGGACUGUGCAUACGGUGGCGCUAGAGAUCAGCUGAAUAGUCUCUUGAUACUAACUCAUCCAGCAUGAAAGCGGAAAUGACUACAAAUUACUCCAAUUAUUUAGCAUACUGAGUUACUAAUGGACUAAGGGGUCAGCUAAUUGUGAUGUUAUUAAAAAAAAAACAGUUA